AUGAAUUUGGCCAGAGACGUUGAGGCUAGGCUAAGAAGAAGACGUCAGGCGAGCUUGGAGCCAAAUGAGGCUGAGAUCAACGAGCUCGAGAGGCGGCGUCGCAACUACCGCCAUGAGUUUCAUGAUGAGCUAGAGCCUCUGACUCCCGAAAAAACUUAUGAUUUACAAAAGUUGGUUGAUGUUCAGCUUAUAGUAUAUCGCGCAAACUUGCCUACUAUUAUCUUAUCUUAA